AAGAAUAGUUUGUCAUAUUGAAAUUAUUUCAGGCUCCUGGCUGCGGUACUGUGAGCAAUGAUGGUAAAUUGUAGAAUUUGUUACGGACAAGUUCUGUGCAUCUUUGGGUGUGUUUUCAUUUCAUUACAGUGGUACAUCAAUCAAACUUCAGUCUUAAGGUGGGACGCUAAACACGAUACAGUUAAUACAGUACACCAGCAUGUGUUGUACCAGCCUGCCCGGGGGUCAAGGGCCAAUCACACUCACGACAACGCCGAGAAACUGGUGCAAACCUUCUAUAACAAAUACAAACCAACGAAUUCCAUUUUUUACCUGGAAGACAGCGAGGCCUAUUUGACAUUCAUAAAUCGACUAAAGCUCAACAGAACAAAGGGAACGCCAUUAACCAAAUUUGUCAACAUAACAGGCAACACGACAUGGGAACGGUUCCACGGUGGAAUCCAUCAACACUACCUCUACGACCCCGAUGAUGGCAGCAUGCUGGACGACUUACUCCGUGAUUUGAACAAGAGAACCAUUCUACGAACAAAGUCUGCACCAUCUACGUCACACCUAGCCUUGACCCUGACAUUUGACAAUGGAGGUAAAGGCAUGUUCAAGGCCAUGAGAUUUCCCAGAGAACAAGAAACUUCACCAAAUACUUUUUUCUUCAACGAUUUUGAACGUCCCAUGGCGGAGAUAGCCGCGUUUCACUUGGAUAAAGCGCUAGCCUUUUAUCGCGUGCCUCCAACUGUUGGUCGACUGGUCAACAUCACACGUGACAUCAUUGAACUCGCGGACAGAGAAAUCACCAAGACGGCCCAUAUAUCACCAGCUGGCAACCAUUGUUUUUUCGGUAACUGCUCACAGUACUGCACCCAGGAGCAUUCGAUCUGUGGCGAUCCAUUCCUUCUGGAAAGUUCGGUGACGGCCUACCUACCUGAUCGUGGCUUUCAAAAGUCCAGCAACCAGAAAGAAAACAGGUACCAGCAAAAGUACUCUCUCUGGAACUUCAAGUUCAAGGCUGAGUGGGAAAUAAAUGAGAAUUAUUGCAAUGUGGUGAUCAGACGGAAAUGGGUGACCAGUCACGGUCUGUUAAACAUGAUUGACAUGUCAAUAUUUGACUUCCUGCAGGGCAACCUGGAUCGCCAUAAUUACGAGCAGUUUGAAAUGUUUGGGGAUGACACGUUUUUUGUUUUGUAUGACAACGGUAGGGGGUUUGGCAAGUCUAAACAAGAUUACUUGUCCAUCUUAGCCUCAUUACGCCAGUGUUGUAAAAUUCGGUUAUCUACCCUUGCCAAGUUGGUUAAACUUUACACUGGACCAGACAGCCUCAGUCAACUACUUAGGACGUCAUUAAGCUCCGAUCCCUUAGCUCCGGUAUUAACAGAACCUCACCUUGAUGCCUUAGACAGACGUGUUGGUCUAGUCAUCAGCACAGUGUAUGAUUGUGUCAAUAGGACGGGGUCAUGGGAUCAAGUUAUUGUUGAUGAUAACGUUAUUUAA